AUGGUGUCAGAAACCUCAGAUCUCGCUCCGACAUUGGAGAACGUCGGGAUUCAUAUCGAUCUCGAACAAAAGCUCUAUCUUAGUGCAGCUUCUCCUACUUUAGAAGAGGUCCUAAACGGGUCGAGCCUCAAGCCCGGCGAGGUCACUGUUUCGAUCAAGUCUACUGACCGGGUCGCUAUUGAGCCUCACAUUAUCUGCGGUGUCUGCGAGCCUUGCCUCACUGGCCGCUACAACGGCUGCAAAGACCUGGUUUUCCGAUCCUCGCCUCCCUCGCACGGUCUUCUACGGCGAUAUGUCAAUCACCCAGCGAUAUGGUGCCAUAAGAUUGGGGAUCUUUUAUACGACGAAGGCGCCCUUCUCGAACCCCUCAGCGUUGCCCUCACUGCAGUCACAAGGUCUGGAGUCAAGAUCGGUGAUCCUGUCCUCAUUUGCGGAGCAGGUGCAAUUGGCCUUAUCACCUUAGAUGUCUGCCGAGCAGCCGGGGCCUGGCCAAUCGGUAUAACAGACAUUGAUCCGAAGCGUCUGGAGUUUGCCAAGACAAUCAUGCCUGAUGUGCGGACUCACCUGGUGGAGAAAGGUCAAUCCCCCGAGGAGUUUGCAGAGAAGAUUCAUCAAGCCAUGGGAGAUGGCGUCGAAAUUGCUGUUGCUCUCGAAUGCACUGGUGUUGAGAGUUCAGUCGGUAAUGCUAUCCAGUCUGUCAAGUUCGGAGGUAAAGUAUUCAUUAUCGGUGUUGGUAAGGAGAAGAUGGAGAUUCCAUUUAUGCGUUGCAGUGCACAAGAAGUCCAGGUGGAGUUUCAACAACGUUAUGUCAACAUGUGGCCACGGGCAAUCCGAGUUCUCUCGAGCGGGAUGGUUAACCUGAAGACACUCGUGACACAUGAGUUCACACUCGCGACCGGAGUGGAAGCUUUUAAGACAGCUUCAGAUCCCGAAAGCGGUUCUAUUAAAGUGUUGAUCCGCUCAGAUUAG